GAGUUCAACGUUCACGACGCCAUAGAGAAUGAAUAUAGAAAUUGGUACAAGAGUCUGGAUUAGGGACUCUGUACAUGGCUGGGUAGCUGGAGCCGUCGCUGAAAGCAGUAGAAACAGCCGAGGAGAGCAGGUUGUCGAUGUAGAGUCCAAGGAUGGCAAAACUCAACUUACCAUCAACAAUAACGCAGAAGACAAUCUACCAUUGCGGAGUGUUUCAGAGGGGCAGGAUACUUUGGAUGAUCUCACCCAGCUGCAUAUCCUCAAUGAACCAAACCUUCUACACUCUAUAAGAACACGUUUUGAGCAUAAAUUGAUAUACACAUAUUCUGGAAUUGUUUUGGUAGCACUCAAUCCAUACGCAGAUACUUCAAUUUACUCAAAUCAGCACAUCCACGACUACGCAUCCGCUGAUCCGCCGGGCGAACCUCACAUUUACUCUGUAGCCAGAGCUGCACACGAUGGUGUCUCCAAUGCCAAGCGCAAUCAAACGAUUAUCGUUAGCGGUGAGUCUGGUGCGGGUAAAACCGUCUCAGCUAGGCAUAUAAUGCGUUACUUCGCUGUAGCUGGAAAAACGAAGGACAAUAACAGUAUUACUUCAACGGAAGAGCGUAUACUAGCUACCAAUCCAGUCAUGGAAGCUUUUGGUAAUGCCAAAACUCUCAGGAAUAGCAAUAGUAGUAGAUUCGGUCGUUACUUACAGAUAUACUUUGAUGAUAAUAACAGUAUCAUUGGGGCACAUAUCCGUAUUUUCUUAUUAGAGAGGUCUAGGCUGGUUUAUCAACCGCAAAACGAGCGUAACACACACAUUUUCUAUCAGCUUUGUGCUGGUAUAAAGACUGACUUCAGCCUCAAAAGAGAACUUAAACUCGGUAACGCGGACGAAUACAACUACCUCAAUCAAGGGAAGUGUUCGAAAUUACCUGGCGUGGAUGAUGCUUCACACUUUGUCACUACCAGACGCGCUAUGUCAUCUUUAGGAAUAGAUAAUAACACUCAGAAGCAGAUAUUUAAAUUAUUGGCUGCAUUAUUACAUUUGGGUAAUAUUGAAAUAAAUCAGACUUCGUCUGCUAGACAAGACGCUUCCAUCUCAACCACCGAUGCAAGUCUCUUACGUGCAGCCGAAUUGCUUGGUGUUUCAGCAGCUGCAUUUCAAAAAGGUCUGAUGCAGAAGACAAUCGGAGUUGGAAGGAUAAGAGCUGAGUCUGAAAAGAUCGUCACUUCACUAAAUCGCGAUCAGGCAAACAUAGCACGUGAUUCUCUAGCUAGAUUGAUAUACACACGCUUAUUUGAUUGGUUAGUAAUCAAGCUCAAUUCAACCCUUUUAUCGAAAGAAAGUGGUGCGUCCGAUAGAGCAAGACAAUUCGUUGGUGUUCUUGAUAUUUAUGGUUUUGAGCAUUUCCAAAAGAAUUCAUUUGAGCAAUUCUGCAUUAAUUAUGCGAACGAAAAGCUUCAACAGGAGUUCAAUAACCAUACUUUCAAAUUAUCACAACAGGAGUAUGAGAGGGAAGGACUUAAAGUGUCGUACAUUAACUAUCCCGACAAUCACCCAUGUAUUGACAUGAUUGAAUCUCGCGUUGGACUACUUGCGCUUCUUGAUGAGCAAUGCAGACUACCAGCAGGUUCUGAUACAGGUUUAAGAACCAAGAUGGACGAAAUUUUACGUCCACCAUACAAAAAAGCUCUGUUUUCAGGUAGCAAGUCUAGUUCGCUGGAUGCAGGGGCCUUUACGAUCGCACAUUACGCUCACGAUGUAACUUACGACGUUGAUGGAUUUUUAGAGAAAAAUAGAGAUGUCGUUCCUGAAGAACACAAAAACUUGCUCAAUGAAUCCCAAAACCCAUUCGUAAAAGAGGUCUGUACAGCGGAUCUCACUCCAACGACGCCACCAAGCAUUGUUUCAACGCCAACACAACCAAUUAGAACACCUUCGCAAUCAGUACGUUCACCGCCUUCAAGAAUGUCAGUCAAUGGCAGAACAAGUGUAGACGAGCUCUCGAGUGCCUUCAACAAGGGACAUAUUCGCUCCCCUUCCGCUUUUUCACCUAGCUGGCCACCAGCAUCACCGGGCUCACCGUCUAGUCCCAAUGUGCCAACGUCAAGGAAACAACCGACACUUGGAGGUACCUUUAAAAUGUCAUUAAACAACCUCAUGGCGACUAUAAAUGAUACUGACACACAUUACAUCCGUUGCAUUAAACCGGCAGGUCAAGAAAAUGCUUCAUGGUCAUUCGAUAAUCAGAAAGUUCUCUCACAAUUGAGAGCUUCUGGUGUACUUGAAACAAUUCGAAUUAGUAGAGCAGGAUACCCAUCGAAGAUGAUGUUCGACAAGUUCGCUGAAAAGUCGAGAUAUUAAUAUCUCAACGUCCCACAAAACUGAACGAUAGCAAGACAACAUCACAAAAAAUAUUGGAAGGAACAAUAACCAAUAAAUCACUAUAUGCUAUUGGUAAAACCAAGGUAUUUCUUCGAGUGGGUGUUUUGGCUCACUUAGAUAAACUGCGAUCAAUUCUAUUGGCUAGAAUUGUUGCAAUUCAAGCGAGUGCAAGAUCCACUUUAUCUACCAAACGCUAUAUACGUCAUCAGGCUAGUAUAGCUGUCGAAGCAAAAUUAUUUGUGCAGGUACAGGCAACAUCACGUUCAAAAUUGGUUAAAAUACGUAUGGGUAAAGCUUUACAAGAAAGGAUGGAGAGUGCACGUAUCAGGGAGGCUGCGAAAUUGCAAGCCGAGAAGGAACACCUUCAGAGGGAGAUUCGUAAGCAAGAAGAAAAAGAAAAAGAACGCCGCGAGGCUUUCGUACGAGCUGAAAAGGAAAAUGUACGCUCAUCAAUGCUCUCGUCGUCAACCGUCAUGCCAGGUAUGAAUAUCUCACGUCCUGAGAAAUCACCAGGGAGGUAUAAAAUCACUUACAACAGUCCCGAAAAUGAAGAAGACGAUGGCGCAGAAUCCGAUGCAACUGGUAGUGUCGAAGUCCUUGAGCAUUCACGUAGUGUUUUCCAUCAUUCAAGUAAACCUUCUCUAGCAAGUACGUCAUCAUCGUAUGCUACUGCUUACAUGGAGGAAAUCCAUCCACCUGCAAAGCCACCAAGAAGUGCGGCGAGGGCUACUAGAGCAAUGUCGCCAAUUUCGGAUUCGAGUUCGCGCACAUCUAUCGGUAAGACCAGUUCUAUUAUUAGAGGACCAACUCCAACCCCACCAGAACGUACGACUAGUCUUUCGAAUGCAAAUGAUCCACGCGUGAAUAAAAGAUCAUCUAGAGGUUUCUCAUCACCUUUUUUUAUGGGAUAAACUAGUGCCUAUGCAUUAUGCAUAAAAAUUGGAUAAGAUUUUUCGUUUAUUUCCUACAAUAUACCACUUACUUACAGUUUGUUCGAUCACGUUUUUAUCACACCUUCUUACCUUUCCGUCAAACAUGGAAUUUUGUAUCAUUUAAAACUAA